AAUACCUCUCUCUCUCUCCCUCUCCCUCUCAGUUUUCGCACAACCGUUGCAGAGGCUGUCUUCCAUGAAACCCUAAAUUUUCGAUUUCACAACUCUGCUCAGAAACCACAAAUGAAUAGCUAUUGAAUCGUCUCUACAAUCUCCAGCCAAAACGGUGAUUGGCGAUCUAUCGUAUAAAUCUGUACGAUUCAGAUUUCGAUAUCGAAUGCAUUGAAGGAUUGCGUGAAUUAGCUUCGGUUGUCCUUGCUAUUGAUUUUUUUUAACAUUGAUGUUGCUGUCCAAUGUCACUCGAUCCAAUAGUUUUGAAGUCUCCUUUGAAAUCAUUUUUGUUAGAUCUGUCAGUUUGCUUGCUUAGUUUCUGAGGAGAAUGGGGUCCUCAUCAAAUGGUAGCCUAUGUGAAAUAAGUUUGAACAAAAGGCCGUUGGAGAAUGGUUAUUGCACUUCUUCCAAUAUUAUGCUCAAGUACAAGAAGCGGAAGGUUUCUGCUAUUCGCGAUUUUCCACCUGGGUGUGGACGGAAUGCUCCGCGUAUCAAUCAGUUGCCCCAUAAUACUGAGGCAGCAGCAUCACUUGGUGAUAAAGAGAAGUUGGUGGCUGAUGAAAAGAUGGUAAAUGUUGCAAACAGUGAUUGUACUAAAACUUCUGAAAUUGGGAACGAAUCAUUUUCUCAUCAAGUGGUGAAUAGUCUGGGGAAGUUGGAAAUGGUUGACUCAUUGGAUGAUUUGGUUGGGAGAGUGGUCGCUGCGGCUGGGGUUGUCAAGGUUGAAUUGUCCCCUGUUAAGGAGCCUCUUGGAAGUGACUUGCCAAAAGUUUUAGUAAUCAAUGCACCAGAAUUGCCAAAGGAAUUGCAUGAAGUGGAAGUCCCUGCAGUGGUGAAGAGUGAUGCUGCACUGGAAAGCAAAUCUGUGUUGGAGAUUGGUUCUUUGGCCAAUGGGAUUGUUCCAGCUGGUGGUGCGAAAGUGUGGUCUCCGCCACAGUGGCCUAUUAGUGAUGCCAAUAUUUCAAAGGAGACCACCCUGAAAAAUAACUAUCCUAGGAGAAGAGUUUCAGCUACUCGUGACUUCCCUCCUUUUUGUGGAAGGAAUGCUCUAUGCCCAACAGAGGAAGAGCGCCUGAGAAUUGUUUUUGGAAACAAGACUUCACAUGAUCUAGAUAAGGCUCCUGUGCAAGGUGGGCUGGUAAGAGAGACAGUAAGAGGUAACGGGGAAUGCAGUCCAGUGACAGAGAUAGCAAGGACUUGUGUUGAAGAACUGCGUGGGGCUGUUCACGUUGGAAAUUCCCGAAAGAGGGAGUUGAAAGAAAAUGUGCCUGAACUAAAGAUCAAGUCCCGAAAAGUUUCUGUGCAAGGCGGGCCAUUGGUAGAGACACCAGGGGCUGAUAUGGAAGGCAGUCAAGUGAGAGAGACAACAGGGGCUGUUGUUGAAGAAUUGGAUAGGGAUGUCCCAGAUGGAAAUACUAAGAAAAGGAAGCUGGAAGGAAGUGUGCCUGAACCGAAGACCAAGUCCCAAAAAGUAAUCAAAAAGGAUUAUGAGGAUGUUAAUGGUGUGAAAGGGGAAGUGGGGAAGGAGAUUGUGGUUUACAUUCAUGAUAAGGGUUCUAAGAGUAGCCGUCCAGAUGAUGCUGUUGCUUUGGGACAUGGUGCAGACAGGGUGAUUGUGCAAGGCCUGAUGGCUGCACCAAACUGUCCAUGGAGGCAGGUAAAAGGAAUUGUCAACACUAGCCAGGAUAUUGUGAGGACUGGAAGUGACGUGAUGAGGCAUGAUGUCAGCUACAUCACAGGGCGAAAGAAAUCUAAAUCUGUCAGCAGGACAAAGAAAUAUGAAGUGGAUUAUUCAGGAGGAAAAUCUAUGAAGAAGAAGAAAUUACAUCCAUAUAGAAACGAUGCAUAUGAAAGUAAAGGUCAACUGGUUGUCAAGGAUGAGGGAGAUUUUUCUAUACAAGAGCAAGAUGAAGACUCUCUUGUGGCUCCGAGACCCCAAAAUUUUGAGGUGGCUUUGCCUCCUUUUGGUCCCAAUAGUUCGAGUCAUGGUAAUGCACGUGUCAAAGUGAGAGAGACAUUACGUCUCUUCCAAGCCAUUUGUAGAAAGCUGUUGCAAGGAGAAGAGGCAAAGCCAAGGCAACAAGGAUGCCCAAGCAAAAGGAUUGAUCUGCUGGCGUCACAGAUUGUCAGAGCUAAAGGAAAAGAAGCAAACACAGGCAAAAAUAUAAUAGGAUCAGUGCCUGGAGUUGAAGUUGGUGACGAGUUUCAAUAUAGGGUGGAGCUUGCUCUUGUUGGCAUUCAUCGCCUUUAUCAAGCAGGUAUUGAUUACAUAAAUCAGGGUGGAAUGAUCAUUGCGACAAGUAUUGUUGCCUCAGGGGGUUAUGCAGAUGAUUUGGACAACCCGGAUGUUUUAAUAUACUCUGGGCAGGGAGGAACUGCAGUAGGUCGGGAUAAACAACACGAGGACCAGAAACUUGAAAGAGGGAACUUGGCUCUGAAAAAUAGUAUUACGGCGAAUAAUCCUGUUCGGGUAAUCCGUGGAUCUAAAGAGACAAAAGCUUCUAACUCGGAAGCAAGAGCCAAGAUAGUUCUGACAACAUACAUUUAUGAUGGCUUGUAUACAGUGAAGAGGUACUGGCAUGAUGUAGGGCCACAUGGUAAGCUUGUGUUUAAGUUUGAGUUGACGAGAAUUCCCGGCCAACCAGAGCUUGCUUGGAAAGAAGUGAAGAAAUCAAACAAAUAUAAAAUACGGGAGGGUCGUUGUGUUGAUGACAUAUCAGGAGGGAA